AUGGUUCUCAGUUUUCGACCACACACGUAUCGAUCUUGUUCCUCUUCUUUUCCACCGAAUAAAUCAAGGGUUAUCAAAUCGAAGCAUCAUCCCAUCAUUUUUGUUUACUUGUUAAUGUUGGGUGUUAAGCGAUGUUUUGUUGUGGCCUUUACUUGCUCAUACCAAACCCAGAAGAAUUUCUUCCUCAAUUCGGGCAAUGGUGCAUCUGCUUCUUCCCAGUCACAACAAUCGGACAGCGUAGAAUCUGAAGCAGGGGACUGUGGGACACUGAUAAGAGUUCCAGCGAUGAAGACCCUUGCAGGAACUGGUACUAUUGACUCUAAAUCUUUAAGCGAUGAAGAGUGUAUGAAGCGGCUCCCGAAUGAGCAAUUCUAUAUUACACGUCAGAAGGGAACUCAAAGAACCUUUACUGGGUAUGUUAUUAAAAUACCAUUAGGAAUUAAGGACACUAUGCUCCCAAGUCAUGCUUAG